CCCGAAUGUAGAGGAUCUUGGCGGCUGUGGGUGCUGAGAGAGGCGGCGACGCGGCGCAUGACAACAUUAGGCCGCGACGCGCUCGGGGCCAGGCGGUGGUGGGAGCUGUAGCCCAAGUAGCUGCAGCGUUAGCUUUCGCCGCGGCAGUGGUCGCAGCCAGUAGCUGGCGGACGGAGGGAAAGUGGAGCCCGCCCUGGCCAGAGGACCGCGGGCCGCGAGUUCCCGCCCCCCUCGCGGGCUGAGCCGGCAGCGCCUCCGCGGCCGCGAGCCAGCGCCCUCGGUCUGGGCUCGCGCCCUAGCUGCCUCCGGCGACAGCAGCCGAGAGAAGUUGGGGUCCGCCCGGGCGCGUGCAGGGCCCCGGAGGAAUCGGCCUGCUCCUUCCCGCCUCUCCAGGGGCUCCGCACCGGAUUUCCAUAUUUACAGGAUGGCUAAAGAUUAAUGGAAAGAGAAGCGUAAACUUACCUUCUUUCACUAUGGAUGCAGGUUUGGCUGAUGGAGAACCUGAUCAGACUUCGAUCUUGCCAUAUUCAGAAGUUGCUGAAGUUCAAGAGACACUUCUUGGUGAUAGCAAAGAUGUCCUUGGGCCAUCAACUGUGGUAGCAAACAGUGACGAAUCUCAACAUCUGACACCAGGAAAGAUGAGUCAGCGCCAAGGGAAAGAAGCUUAUCCAACACCAACCAAAGAUUUGUAUCAGCCGUCUUUUAGUCCAGCAAGUCCUCAUAGUCAGGGUUUUGACAGAGGAAAGGAAGACAUUUCUCAAAAUAAAGAUGAAUCUUCACUUUCUAUGUCAAAGAGCAAGUCUGAAUCUAAACUUUAUAAUGGCUCGGAGAAGGAUAGUUCAGCUUCAAGCAAGCUCACAAAAAAAGAAUCUCUCAAGGUGCAAAAGAAAAAUUACCGAGAAGAAAAGAAAAGAGCCACAAAGGAGUUACUCAGUACAAUCACAGAUCCUUCUGUUAUUGUUAUGGCUGAUUGGUUGAAGAUUCGUGGUACUUUAAAGAGUUGGACCAAGUUGUGGUGUGUUUUGAAACCUGGGGUGCUACUGAUUUAUAAAACCCAGAAAAAUGGUCAGUGGGUAGGAACAGUCCUUCUGAAUGCCUGUGAGAUCAUUGAGCGUCCAUCAAAAAAGGACGGCUUUUGUUUCAAACUUUUUCAUCCUUUGGAGCAGUCUAUUUGGGCAGUGAAGGGCCCCAAAGGUGAAGCAGUUGGAUCUAUAACUCAACCCUUACCUAGCAGUUACUUGAUCAUCCGAGCUACUUCAGAGUCAGAUGGAAGGUGCUGGAUGGAUGCUUUGGAGUUGGCCUUGAAAUGUUCUAGUCUUCUUAAACGUACAAUGAUCAGAGAAGGAAAGGAACAUGACCUGAGCAUUUCAUCAGAGAGCACACAUGUGACUUUGUAUGGCUUAUUACGUGCUAACAAUCUCCACACUGGUGACAACUUUCAGUUAAAUGAUAGUGAAAUUGAACGGCAGCAUUUUAAGGACCAAGAUAUGUAUUCUGAUAAAUCUGAUAAAGAAAAUGAUCAAGAACAUGAUGAGUCUGACAAUGAGGUGAUGGGGAAAAGUGAAGAAAGUGACACAGAUACAUCCGAAAGGCAAGAUGACUCUUAUAUCGAACCUGAGCCCGUGGAGCCUUUAAAGGAGACUACCUACACUGAACAGAGCCAUGAAGAACUAGGAGAGGCAGGUGAGGCUUCUCAAACAGAAACUGUGUCUGAAGAAAACAAAAGCCUUAUCUGGACACUGUUGAAACAAGUCCGUCCUGGCAUGGACCUGUCCAGGGUGGUUCUGCCGACAUUUAUUUUGGAACCUCGUUCUUUCCUGGAUAAACUUUCAGAUUAUUACUAUCAUGCAGAUUUCUUAUCUGAGGCUGCUCUUGAAGAAAAUCCUUACUUCCGUUUGAAGAAAGUAGUGAAAUGGUAUUUGUCAGGAUUCUAUAAAAAGCCAAAGGGACUGAAGAAACCUUACAAUCCUAUACUUGGUGAGACUUUCCGUUGUUUAUGGAUUCAUCCCAGGACAAACAGCAAAACAUUUUAUAUUGCUGAACAGGUAUCCCAUCAUCCACCAAUAUCUGCCUUUUAUGUUAGUAACCGAAAGGAUGGAUUUUGCCUUAGUGGUAGUAUCCUGGCUAAGUCCAAGUUCUAUGGAAAUUCAUUAUCCGCAAUAUUAGAAGGAGAAGCACGAUUAACUUUCUUGAAUAGAGGCGAAGAUUAUGUCAUGACAAUGCCGUAUGCUCAUUGUAAAGGAAUUCUUUAUGGCACAAUGACACUGGAGCUUGGUGGAAUAGUCAAUAUUACGUGUCAAAAAACUGGAUACAGUGCAAUACUUGAAUUCAAACUAAAGCCAUUUCUAGGUAGUAGUGACUGUGUUAAUCAAAUAUCAGGGAAACUUAAAUUGGGAAAAGAAGUCCUAGCUACUUUGGAAGGCCAUUGGGACAGUGAAGUUUUUAUUAAUGACAAAAAGACUGAUAAUUCAGAGGUCUUCUGGAAUCCAACACCAGACAUUAAGCAGUGGAGAUUAAUAAGGCACACUGUUAAAUUUGAAGAGCAGGGAGAUUUUGAAUCAGAGAAACUCUGGCAGCGGGUAACUCGAGCCAUAAAUGCCAAAGACCAAACAGAAGCUACUCAAGAGAAGUACGUUUUAGAAGAAGCUCAAAGACAAGCUGCCAGAGAUCGGAAAACAAAAAGUGAAGAGUGGGCGUGCAAGUUAUUUGAGCUUGAUUCACUCACAGGAGAAUGGCAUUAUAAGUUUGCAGAUACUAGACCGUGGGACCCACUUAAUGAUAUGAUACAGUUUGAAAAAGAUGGUGUUAUCCAGACCAAAGUGAAACAUCGCACUCCAAUGGUUAGUGUCCCAAAAAUGAAACAUAAGCCAACCAGGCAACAGAAGAAAGUGGCAAAAGGCUAUUCUUCCCCAGAACCUGAUAUCCAAGACUCAUCUGGAAGUGAAGCUCAAUCAGUAAAACCAAAUACGAGAAGAAAGAAAGGGAUAGAACUGGGAGACAUUCAAAAUUCCAUCGAAUCUAUAAAACAAACGCAGGAAGAAAUUAAAAGAAAUAUUAUGGCUCUUCGAAAUCAUUUAGUUUCAAGCACACCUGCCACAGAUUAUUUUCUGCAACAAAAAGACUACUUCAUCAUUUUCCUCCUGAUUUUGCUUCAAGUCAUAAUAAACUUCAUGUUUAAGUAGAAGUUCCUUACAGUUGAAUCAAUGAACUGGAAUGAUCAAAUUUGGCCUGGGACCAAUGUUCAAGUUGGUUUGGUCUUUGUUAAAAUGUCACAAUAUUUCUAAAACAAAAAUCUUAGAGAUAAAUGUAGAGGUGUUGACCUUUCAUACCUUUUUUCCUUAACCUGAAAUAAGAACUCUUGGUCAUUAAAGUGAGCUAUGUGUUAAGUGCCAGAACAUUUCUAGCUUUUGUGA